AUGCCUGCGGAAGUUCUGCGGACCAGUCGUGACGGUGUAUGUACGCGGACGCACGCAAGCUCGCACACCAGCUGCUCCAUGCAGGUUUUUGAAUGUUUUAGCAUCGUCGGAAGUCUCUGGCCUGCCUCCGGGGCAACGCGCCAUCGCCCACUCCGGCUAGCUUGUCAGCCUACUUACGGAGUCCUACGGAGUAUGUAUAGAGCCAGAACCUGGUCCAGCCUGCUAGCGUCUACCCGAUUUGCGCUCUACAGGGACCGGGGCAGAACCAACCUUUCCUCGGGUCCAGGCCCCAACACAUCCUGCUCUCGUGCGCCUCUUUCCAUAGGAUGUGUGCCACAAGAUGCAUGUCCGGCCGUUAUCUCACUUGCAUGCCGCAGAUCGUGGCUUGGGACGGGCUGCAGCACCAUGUACGACCUGCCCAAUAAGUGCAUUGUCCCGCCAGGAAGAGAGACAAAGGGAAAGAUGAGGCAUCCAACUUCCAUCACAGAGGCGUCUUCACCCGGUUUUUACACGGCCGGUCCCCCAACACCCCCUCUCUCCCUUGCUGCUGGAGAUUGGGAACCUGCUAGCCUGCCCGAGCAGCUGGCCACUCAGGUCAGCGUGUGCCACAACAUCAGCUACAAGUACGGCGGGACCGGUCCGUAG